AAUACCUCGGUAGAAUACCUCGGAAACAGAGCUGUUGGAACCCACAUGUUACCCCCCACACUCCACCAGAUUGUGGAGAAUGAAGGCAUCGCUACGCCUGUCCCCCACGUUUCCAGUAGACCGGGUGUCGCGUCCCGAAAAGGGGCAAUAGGUCACGCACCAGUUCCGGUCGCUUAGCUAGACUGAAGAGCGUCACGGUUUCUAUGAGUGUGGAGAGAAGAGUUACUAGCGUUUCCCUGCCGCGUGCGGGCGGUGCAGAAGAAGGGGAAUGGUUCGAUUCGGAGUGAGGAUUCCGUCCAACCACGGCGUGCCCUUCGACCAACUACCUAACUGAUGCACACCAUCAGCUGCGCUCCACAUCGGUGUGCCUCGAAUUCUUGAAGAGGGGGACCCCGGCGGCGGAGCCCUCAAAGACAUCAAAAGCGCUUGCGCGGAUGCCGGGAUCCGACAUCGUGGAUUGGGUCUCGGCACUGUCGUCGGGCACGGGGUCUUCAUCAUCUUCGCCUCCCUGAACCAUCCCGAGCUGAUGCCCCUUCUCAUCCCGACAGCUAGGGCAUCCGCAGGCAUGGCAGCGGCGUAUCUAGAGAAGCUGUUUUCGCUACAGGGCCGGGUCGCGGUCGUGACAGGCGGCACCCGGGGGAUCGGCCAAGCCAUGGCGAUAUCGCUCGCGAAGGCCGGCGCCGACAUCAUCCUGAUCCAGCGAGACGAGAGCAACCUGGAGACGAAGCGCAGCAUCGAAGCGUUCGGCCGCAAGGCGCACGUAUACACAGCGGACCUGGCGAGCCAAGAGGCGGUCGGGGGACUCUCGAAGCGGAUCUUGGGCGACGGCCACGACGUCAGCAUCCUGGUGACGAGCGCGGGGAUCCAGCGGCGGCACGCGGCGCACGAGUUCCCGAUGGGGGACUGGGACGAGGUGCUGCAGGUGAACCUACGCGCGGUAUGGACGCUGUGCCGCGACCUGGGCGCGUACAUGCUGACGCGGGCGCCGCACCCGGCGACCGGCCACCGCGGUAGCGUUAUUAACGUAGCGUCGCUCGUCAGCUUCCAAGGCGGCAUCACCGUACCCGCGUACGCCGCGGCCAAGGGCGGCGUCGCCCAGCUGACCAAGGCCCUGAGCAACGAGUGGGCCUCCCACGGCGUUAACGUCAACGCCAUUGUCCCCGGCUACGUCGCUACCGAUAUGAACGAGGCCCUGAUCAAUAACCCCGAGCGCGCCGCGAGCAUCCUCGCCAGGAUCCCGGCUGGCCGUUGGGGAAAGCCGGAGGACUUCGAGGGCGCCACCGUGUUCCUGGCCGGCGCCGGCAGCCUCUACGUUUCCGGAGAGCUCUUGACCGUCGACGGCGGUUGGCUGGGGCGGUAGGGUUACGACGAGAUCAUGGGCAGGGCCCCGCGUGGGACGUUACUUGAUGUAUGGGAUACGUAGGCAGAUAGGGCAGCACAUCAGGAUAGCAGGGUAUAUCUAUACGGACUUGUGUACAAUACAGGGUCUUACCUAUCUGUUUCAUUAUCUGCUACAACCUUAGCGAGCAUGAGGCCAAACCGAAAGUACCAGAAGGGACGUAUGCUUCUCUUAAAACCGAGUAGCACAGAGGACAUGGUGAUCGCUCUCGGUGUUCUCGUUCCACUAACUAAUGGAAACCAGAAAGGAGCUAGCUUUAGGUUACGUUACUCCUAUAACUCAUACUCCAGUUGGGACUGUCCUAGCAAUUAAUAUCAUGUAAUAUGAAG